AUGGAAAAUUAUAACCAAACAUCAACUGAUUUUACCUUACUGGGAUUACUACCACCAUCAAGAAUCAGUAUGGCAUUGUUCAUUAUCAUAAUUCUCAUUUUCCUGUCAGCUCUGAUUGGCAACCUGUCCAUGAUCCUCCUCAUCCUGCUGGAUAAACAUCUUCACACUCCCAUGUAUAUCCUACUUAGUCAGCUCUCACUCAUGGACCUAACUUAUAUUUCCACUAUUGUCCCUAAGAUGGCUUACAAUUUUCUGCUUGGAAACAAGUCAAUCUCUUUCAUUGGAUGUGGCAUCCAGAGUUUCUUCUUUUUGACUUUGGCAGGUUCAGAAGGACUUCUCUUGGCAUCUAUGGCCUAUGACCGUUAUGUGGCCAUUUGUUUUCCUCUUCAUUAUCAUAUUCAUAUGAACAAAAGAAAGUGUGUUCUGAUGAUUACAGCAUCUUGGAUAAUGGGGUCUAUCAACUCCUGUGCCCACACUGCCUAUGCACUCCAUGUACCAUAUUGCAGAUCUAGGGCCAUCAAUCAUUUCUUCUGUGACAUCCCUGCCAUGUUAAUUCUGGUAUGCACGGACACAAGGGUCUAUGAAUACACAGUGUUUGUUAGCACUACCUUCUUUCUUGUAUUUCCUUUCAUUAGCAUUACUUGUUCUUAUGCACGAGUUCUGUUUGCUGUAUACUGCAUGCCUGCAUCAGAAGGGAGAAAGAAGGCCUAUUCUACCUGCAGUACCCACCUCACAGUGGUAACUUUCUACUAUGCCCCGUUUAUUUACACUUAUCUACGCCCAAGAUCUUUCCGUUCUCCAACAGAAGACAAGGUUCUGGCUGUUUUCUACACUGUUCUAACCCCCAUGCUCAAUCCUAUCAUCUACAGCCUGAGGAACAAGGAGGUUAUGGGGGCCCUAAGAAGGGUUACUCAGAGAAUGUGCUCUGUGAAAGUGUAG